AUGUCUAAUAAAGUUAAGACAGGGAUCUUUAUCGGGGGAUUUGUAGCAUUCACUCUUGCCGCGUUGUAUCCUGCUGUGGUCUAUCCAAAAUUGCACCCAGAGGUUUUCCGUAAGUAUUUAAGGCUAUGAUAUGAUAUGUAACUUAAAGUAAGCUGCUGAAGCUUUUAGAAAAUUGUUGAUGUGUGUAAGGUUCCUUGUGCAUCAAAAUGUUUGGUAGUUCUUUCAAUGUUGGUAACUUGGUACUUGAUCGAAAAAAGAACUGAUAAUUGCAGUGUUCCAUUGUCAUGGUUGCUGCAGGUCAGCAAAUUGUCUGAGAAAAUUUAAUUUCUCCAUGAUCAAGGCCAGGUCUGUAGAGGUCAAGUGAAUGUCGGGGGAUUUCGCUUUGAGUCAAGGAAAUUUAAAUCUUGGAGAGAAGUCAGAGGAAAAUGAAAUGUUGGGAAAAUGUUAAGCCGUUCAUCCUUUCUUGGUCCUUUUUAUGAUGACAAAUGAUGACACUUUCCUUUUUGGUGAUUUAUUUGUGAAAAUGUCAAUAGUCCAUUUUGCAGUUGUAUGCUUGGUUGCCAAGCCUUUGAACAGGAGUGAGGCUAAGGGUGACCUUGUUAUGAUACAAACCUUGCUGCUUUUGAAAUGCAAAUUAAUUUGUUAUCAUGCUAACUAGAUUAUGGUCUCUAACACAACAAGGUCACCUUCAGCCUCACUCCAAAUCAAAGGCUUGGUAACUAAGUACACAACUGUAAAAUGGCCCAUUCAGUUGAUUUGGUCAGAGAUUAAUAUGACGUUUUUUCUGGGGAAAGUCAGGGAAUUUCAAGAACCAAUGACUUUGGCAACUGUAAAUGUUUUCCUAUGUUCCUUUUGUAGAGCAAAUUCAGAAUGAAACAAGAAAAGAUAUAAAACAGGAAGAGGUUCAACCUGGAAGUAAGUCAUAGCUUGGGUUUGGUGUAUAAUUCAGUUCUGUUUCAUCUUAAAAAAUAUGAGAAAGAUGUAAAUUUAUAGCAUUUGAUAUUGUUAAGAGGGAGAGGCUGUUUUCUUACAGUUGUAGCACUGGACUUAACGUGUAAGGCUUAGGGUUUGAUACCUUGCUUGGUCAUGGUGCUGUAUUCUUUGAUUAGAUACUUUCAAAGUGGCUCACUCCACCAAAAAAAGUUCUGAAAAAUUGUCAGGGAAGCCUGAUGAAAUGCAGUGAACAGCAGCCCAUCCAGGGGAGAGUUAAGUAACUCUCUCAGUCACUUCUUGCUAUAGAAACCAAGAAACCUCUUGGCUCAGGUGCAAACUUGACCCUUUUUUUCAUCAUUUUUUUUUUAUUUUCAGAUAUGAAGGUCUGGUCUGAUCCAUUUUCAAGAAAAUAAAUCAGAAGAAGAUGUUACAAAAAGACCUACUUUCAACUGCUUUCGGAGAAGAGGAACAGAGAGUGGAAAAGAAUGCAAAGGGCACCUCUAGAUAUAUUCUGUGAAAGAAUUUUGUUGUGACCAGACCCCUGUUAUCAGGAACAACAUUCAGUGAUGUAAUGUGGCUCAACAAUUAAAAAAAAAAAAAAAAAAAAAAUUUUGCAACAGAGAUGUAAUCUUUGAGUUUUAAAUUGCUUGCAUAAAAAUAAGGCAGAUGAUUUUACAGUCGGGCAAACAGUUCACGGCAAGAAGUAAUCUGUACUUUAAGGGGCUUAUUCAGGGGUGGCACUUAUUCAACAAAAUUGAUCACUCCCUUGUAUUCAUAAUUGUACUUUUCCUUGAAUGUUGGAGAUUCCACAUUAAUUUUGUGGCAAGGAUUGCUACAAUAUUACAGUAUCGGCAGACAGCUCACAUCAUACUGUUAUAAAACACUUUAUUUGCAGAAGUUUUGUCUUAAAAUAACUACUAAAACCCAAUAUUAUUGCAACUGCUUCUAAGCUUGGUUUAUAUUAUUCCUUUAGUUCACAAUGUUGGGGUAAUUUGAGAAGCCAUCAAUCUGCUAAUGAUAAAUACAAAUUCUUUGUACAUUAAAAUUUAUUAAUCACAGGUGCUUUGUGUUCUGGAAAAAAA